AUUCGUCCCUUGAUUAUGACGACAUCUGUCAGAACGUUCAAGAAAUUGCGUCAUAUUACGUCGGUGAAGUGCGCACUUAUCUCAAGGAAGGUGAACAGAAAUCUAGCUACACGCUUGAUUUGUAAUUCCAGAGCUUCAUCAUGACCAUGUUGGUGAGGCUAGCAUGCCUGCGCAGUCUCCCUGUGUCCGGGCUGCGUCCUGUGUUGACCCAGGGCUCUCCAGCCCUGAGGAGCUCCACCCUGAAGAGCUGCCCGCCCCUCCUCAAGGUCCACCAGGGCUAUUCCACCAAAUCCAGAUUUGGUUUCCGUCGUGGGAAAACGGCCAAGGACCAGCUCCAACAGGCAGCUUUCGAACCAGCAACUGAUACUGCCAUCAGAAUGGAUAACAUGGGCAGGAUGUUCCUGGCUGGAGGUGCUGCUGUAGGCCUGGGAGCUCUGUGCUACUACGGACUAGGCAUGUCCAAUGAGAUCGGAGCCAUCGAGAGGGCAGUGAUCUGGCCCCAGUACGUGAAGGACAGGAUCCACUCGACCUACAUGUACUUUGCAGGCAGUGUGGGGAUGACAGCUCUGUCGGCUGUAGCCGUCAGCAGGACCCCAGCCCUCAUGGGAGUCAUGAUGAGAGGAUCCUGGCUGGCUAUUGGAGCUACCUUUGCAGCCAUGAUUGGAGCAGGCAUGCUGGUCAGAUCUAUCUCUUAUGACCAGAGCCCAGGAGCCAAACAUCUUGCCUGGAUGCUACAUGCAGGUGUGAUGGGAGCGGUCAUAGCCCCCAUGACUCUGCUAGGUGGGCCCCUGAUGAUGAGGGCAGCCUGGUACACAGCGGGCAUAGUGGGGGGUCUGUCCACCGUGGCCAUGUGUGCCCCCAGUGAGAAGUUCCUCAACAUGGGAGGACCCCUGGCGGUGGGCUUCGGAGUCGUCUUCGCCUCCUCCAUCGGCUCAAUGUUCCUGCCCCCUACCUCAGCGAUGGGAGCAGGCCUCUACUCCAUCGCUAUCUACGGAGGUCUGGUCCUCUUCAGCAUGUUCCUGCUCUACGACACCCAGAAGGUCAUCAAGAGGGCGGAGACGUACCCCAUGUACGGGAUGCAGAAAUACGACCCCAUCAACUCGUGCAUGGGGAUCUACAUGGACACUCUGAACAUCUUCAUGAGGAUGGUGAUGAUUCUGUCUGGAGGAGGAAACAGAAAGAAAUGAAGCCGUUCCAGUCUGACUUUACAUCUUUGUUAAACCUUCAACCUUCCACAGAGUUGAACAACAACAAUAUGUUCUACAAUUAGCACCAUACACCAGCUGUUACCUACUUUUUACUUUGAAAACAUAUUUUCAACUGACACAAUAAAAAAAUGUGUUGCUUUUGUGUGAAGAAGAGGAUUGCAAUUUCCUAGAGCAUAUUGACACUCAUCCAAGUAAGGAAGACAUCUUGCUCUGUUCCAUAUUCAGAAUGUUAAAAAAUCUGCUUUUGUCUUGAUUUUGACAGAGGCAUAUUUUUAUUUAAAGUCAGGAUUGUUCAUGGGGAUAUCUGUCAACAUCACAGAUCGGCCCUCAGUCUCCUCUUAAUUGUUCUUUUAUAUUUUAUAUAUAUUAUUUCCACUUGAGGUGGGUGUUCCCAUUCCUGACCAGCAAGACAUAGCUGGGCAAACAUCAUAAUUAUAUCAUCCCUCAACCUUGUACUUCUAGCCUCCACACAUACAAUACGUGUGACUGUGUGCUUAACUCCUUGACAGAGACUGAACUUGGAUGUGUUGUAUUGGGCCGAGCCUUGGGUGUGUUGUAUUGGGCCGAGCCUUGGAUGUGUUGUAUUGGGCCGAGCCUUGGAUGUGUUGUAUUGGGCCGAGCCUUGGAUGGGUGGUGCUUUGACAUGCUGUUUCUGUUAGAAUGAAAGUGAUUGAAUGUGAUCAACGCUGUUCUGGUAUCAUUCAAUAAAAGUGAAAGA